AUGGGAGAUGAAGUUAAAACUAGGGUCGCAAUGUGGAUGAAAGCCAAGUUCGACAUCAAGGUCUAUACGGUGGAAGAGUUUAAGGAAAGGGUGGCCACAAGGUCGGUUCUACUUAGCAAGAACAUUGUACUGACCGAUCAGUCUUGCCCAUUGUGCUCGCUUCAUCAGGAAUCGCCUAAUCAUUUAUUCCUCCGUUGUAAGUUCUCUUGGUCCGUAUGGUCUCAAAUUCUGGAUUGGUGGCAUUUCUUCUGGGUUUGUCCGUCCUCAAUAGCCGGAAUGGCGAGUUGGUGGUUUGAUUCUAGUUUUCGCAACCUAGAAAAACACAUUUGGGAAGUUUGUUUCUAUGCGACAAUCUGGUCAAUUUGGAUUAUGCGGAAUAAGCUUAUAUUUCAUAGCAUGACGAUCAGCUCAGAGGAGGUAGUGGAUUUAAUUAAGUACAGGGUGGCCAUGUGGAUGAAGGUUAAAUAUGAGAUUAAGGUGUAUUCGAUUGAGGAGUUCAAAGGGUUUUCAGAUGGUAUUCGUUUGUUAAAAUUGUAA